CGCGGCAAAAACAAACUUUGACGCACGCGCGGCUUUUGUAGAUUUUGUUUUCGGUUACAAUUUAGUGAAGAAAACGGGUUAUUAUCAGAAAGCAACAGCAAACGUUUGUUUCUAUUGAGCAACUUUUGCUUAAUCGCAUACUAAAGGCGAGAAUGGAUUAUGUUUAUUAUCAUCUGGUCGGAGUUUCAGUGUUGUGAAGCUGUUGCUAGUUUUAAAACGGAUUUGCUGGGCAUUUUGGAAAUACAUGGAUUCUGCAGAGACCAGAUAUGCCCACCUGCUGCAGCCCUUGCGGGACCUAACUAAAAACUGGGACAUUGACCUGGCCAGCCAGCUCGGAGAGUAUCUAGAGGAGCUGGACCAGAUGACUAUUUCAUUUGAUGGUGGUAAAACUAUGAUGAACUUUGCAGAAGCUGCACUUCUAAUUCAAGGAUCGACAUGCAUCUAUGGUAGAAAGGUGGAGCUUCUACACACUCUUGUGUUUCAAACAUUGGACUACAUCUCUAACAAAAGCAAACGUGACAAACAAGGCUCUUCGGCAGAAGGGAACCAAGACAAAUCCCCUUCAGGCAACAAUGAUGAUGAUUGUGAGUUUGAUGAGAUUGAACAGGAUGAGAAUGCCAAAUCUCUGAAUAUAACAAUGAAAGUUCCAACUGAGCCAGUGAGGAUUAUCCGUCUCCCUCCUGAAUCUCUCAUUCCUUCAGAAUCUCAUGAGAAACAGAAAUAUCCUCUGCUUAGUCUUAAAGGGGAGCUUCUGGGAAGCUGUAAGGAUUUUCGAAUGAAUAAUUUCACCAUGGAUGAAAUGGGACUGAUGCGACUGGGCUCUUCACUCACUCACUUCCUUAAAGAGGUGUCAGAAAACCAGUUCAUCACAUCUGUACAUGCACUUAUGCCCUUACAGUCAGAGGGUGUAGCUGAGGUUGGUGGUGGUUACAAUAAUGAAGAUGAUGCUGGUGGAGACAUUCUUCCUCCGCUGGAAGACCAUGGCAUGGAUGUGGAGUCUGAGGAGUUGGUCGAAAGGCAGCAGGCCCCCAGUGAGGGGAGGAUGCUGAGACCGAGACCUGUGGAACAGCAAGUGUCAGAGGAGCCCAAGCAGCUCAAGGAAAUUGUGGACCCUUGGAAAUGGCAUGACUCAUAUGUUGCAUUUGGGGAGGACAAGCCUCUCAAAACAGGAAAAUGUUACAAAGUGCCAGCAGGUCUGGAGGAGUCAGGAAAGAGGAAGAGGAAGGGCUCUUCAAAAUUGCAGGACUUUGGGAGCUGGUUCUCUAAAACCUUUGAGACUGCAGAUCACAAACUAAAGAAUGGGCCUACUUAUCCUGACCUUAACUACAUCUUUGUGAGUAAAAUGGACCAGCGCCUGAAAGUACAAAAGCACAUGCUUAGGAAAGGGGGUGUUUUUGUCUCCGAUGAGGAGCUGAAGAGAACUUACUUGGAACCAGAAAAUCAUGAGGACCAGAUUGAGGAGGUCCGGCAUCUAGAUGUAGAGGGUGAGGACUUUUCAGAUCAGGAACAUGACAACUUGGUUGAUGAACUUGAACCUGCACACCUUGGUGAACCGGAGCAAAUUUUCCAAGACUUGCAUAUGAGCCGGAUAAGUUAUGAAGACCUGGUGAAGAAGAGUGUGGAUUUGUUUCUGGUGAACUCUCAGAAGUAUGCACAGGAAACAGCGUUAUCUCGAAGAGUGAAAGAGUGGGAGGAUGGUAUCAACCCUCAUCUCUCUGCUCAGGAGACCCGUCCAGCUUUUGACAUCCAUGAGUAUGGAGACAGGAUCGUUCAGGCACUCACUAGUGUUGGGUUGAAAAAAUCAUUUGCUGCCAUUGUCAAAGGCAAAGAGAACACCGAAGCCUGCAGAUAUAUGUUGGCUACAUUACAGCUGGCCAAUGAUUACACAGUGGAGAUUGACCAGGGGGAUGGUCUUGAAGAAAGCGUAGAUACAAUGGCUCUCACAUUACUGACUACAAAGAGGGCUCAUGAACGUCUCAAAACCUACAAUGCACCCUCUGCAACAGAUAUUCCCUGAC